AAUUAGAUACGUCAUAUGUACUAUUAAUAAAAUUUCAAAAAAUCUGUCUAAAGAAAAAACUAAAAGUUGAUCAAAAAAAAGAAAAACUAAAAAAAAAUCUAAGCUAAGAAAUUUCCAGAUCUUGUCUUGUAUUUAUAUGUACCCAUUCACGUGGGCCAUUCAUAAUUUGCAUGAAAGCCACUCUUCUUCUCACAAGACAAAAUUUCAGUGUCUUUCUUUCUCUCUCUCAAUUUUAGAAAUAUUUACAGAUCGAAGAUAGAUCUAACCCUGAGAGGAGAGGAGAGAGAAAUAGAUGGUUAGGGUUUAAUCAAGAAGAAAAGCUUUAUGUUAGGGUUUAGGGUUGGGAUAUGACUCAUGUUCGAGAAUGGAGAAGCUCCUCUCUGCUAAUGGUGAUCUUGCUUUCUUAUCUACUCUAUCUCUCUUUUGUAACUUCCCUUAUAGGGGCAACUCGGGUAUAUCCAGAAGCACCGACGAAGGCUGCCUCUCCUGCACCGGCUAAUAACCAAGAAAAUCUAAUGAAGAAGUACUUUGGUGCCGGAGAGUUUCCUCCGGUGAAUUCUUAUGCCGGAAAAGGGACCAGUGACACUAAAAGAACGGUACCAAGUUGUCCAGAUCCUCUCCAUAACUAGUCGACGCAGUUUCUUAAAUUUUUCUUCAUUUAUGUUUUAUUUUCUUGAGCCGUAAUCAAUCAAUAAGUGUUUUACCCAAAAUACCCACGUUUUUCUCGUCAAAAGAUGGGAAAAACGAGGGUAUUUUGGAGAUUUUAAUCACUGAUCUACAAACUUUUUCUGAUAUAUACAUUGACCGUGUCAAUGUUGAUGUUUUAUUAGAAAUGUCUAUUGUUAUUUUCUGCACUAUGAUUCCGCAUAUAAGAAGCGGAAGAGUAUAAACCAUAAUAUUUUUUUGCUUGUUUGGGACAGGUCCUGAUUUUAAAUUGAAAGUUCUGAUCAA